GCGCUCCGCGCGUCCCCAGCCUCACCCCUUCUCGGCGGCCCCCUCCUGCCCAGGCUCCCGGGCCCGGAAGUGGAUGUGGCCGCUCGGCAAAGAAGCCGAGGGGGAGGGAGAAGUGCUUCCGGGGAAACGGGCCCCGGGUUGGUGUUUGUAAACUUGCCUCGGUCCCGGCGCGGGCAGCGGCGGCCGCGGGCUUGGCACGGGGUGCGCGGGGCCCCGGGGGAGGCGCCGCGCGGCGGAGGAGACGGCGGGAGGCCGCGCCGGGCAGGUUUCUGGAGCAGACCUAGAGCUUCACCAAGAGAAGUCAACUGGGAAACCAAGACUGAUAGACUCUCAUUUCUUCAGGCAAUAGGCAGAAGUCAGAGACCUCGGAUUUUUGCAACACCUGUUUUCCCUUUGGAGGACACUAAAUUCUUUGAGAAGACAAGGGCUGUUCAAUAUGGCAGCUGAACAGAAUGGACAGGAAGGAGCCGUUACUGAGAUUUGGUGACAGUUCUUCAAACAGCAGUGUCUUAAGGAAAGCUGGAUAAAGAACUUCUGAACUUUUGGGUUCAUUAAGUGAAAAAUCAGCAUGGCUCAGGUAAAAAGCUCUAGCGUCCUCCUUCAAGACCAUUCACUGGGAAGCCUGUUUGCAAUGUCACUCUUGAAUUCUGCCUUAGCCAACAGUAUUGACCAUCCCCAGUGAGCCGAGCUCUGUAUUAAGCACCAGGGGGAGAUCUAGAGGAAGGAAAGGAGACAGGCCUCCCUGCCUUCAGGGAGCUUCCAGUCAAAUGAAGGAGGUAGGCUAUAUACCACAUCACAGGCGCUGCUGGGCCCUUGGCAAAGCACCUCAUCCUCAGUGUACCUCUGGAAUUUUAUUGAGCUCCUGUUACAUGCAAGGCAUUGUGCUUGGAAUACAAAGAUGAAUAAGAUUGUCCUUGUCCCCAGUGACCUGACACCUCAUCUCCUUCCAACUUAGGCAAGUCUUCUGGCUUGUGAAGGCCUAGCGGGUGUGAGUUUGGUUCCCACUGCAGCCAGCAAGAAGAUGAUGCUGAGCCAGAUUGCCAGCAAGCAGGCCGAAAACGGCGAGCGGGCGGGCAGCCCUGAUGUGCUGAGGUGUUCCAGUCAGAGUCCUAGACCAGGAAAGGCGAAGAGGAAGUGGAUUGUGGAGAGGAAGCAGGGCCACCGAAAAGACAGUGAUAAAUCCCGGAACCGCAAAGACGAUGACAGCUUGACUGAGGCCUCUCAUUCAAAAAAGACUGUUAAAAAGGUGGUGGUAGUGGAACAAAAUGGCUCUUUUCAAGUAAAGAUUCCCAAAAAUUUUAUUUGUGAACACUGCUUUGGAGCUUUUAGGAGCAGUUACCACCUCAAGAGGCACAUCCUUAUUCACACUGGUGAGAAACCAUUUGAGUGUGAUGUAUGUGAUAUGCGUUUCAUCCAGAAGUACCAUCUUGAACGCCACAAGCGUGUGCACAGUGGUGAAAAGCCUUACCAGUGUGAACGAUGUCAUCAGUGUUUUUCUCGGACAGACCGACUACUCAGACACAAACGGAUGUGCCAAGGAUGCCAGUCCAAGACAUCUGAUGGGCAGUUUUCUCUAUAGACUCGGGGGCCCUGGGUGGUGGGAGUGAUGAGAAGAGCCCACCGAAGAGCACAGCCCUCUGCUCUGAUGGCCCCACCACCGCUCCCUCUGAACCUGUCCCCCUUCCUAGAGGAGUGGCCCCAGGUGAGCAGAGGUGAGCAUCGGAGGACAGCGGCUCCAGAACCUCAGUUCUGUAAAUAGUCGGAGACUGUGCGGAUCUCGGGAAAGUUCCACAGCAUUCCUGGGCAGGGGAGCUGGUCCCUGGACCCUUAGCUGAGGUCAUAGGUGGGGACUCAAAGGUACAGGACCAAGACUGAAACGUUCCCACAACCUUGGACUGGGACUGGCAGCUGAGUGAGACGGACUGAGGAGGAUUUGCCCUGCUUUUGUUUUGUUAUCACGAGAAUUUCAGCAGGUAACGGGGACACCGGCGGCGAUCUGGAGUCAGAGUCCUGAAGGACUGUGACUGGUCCAGCCGCUUUCUGUUACCAUAGGCCUUUGGUGUUCCACAGCCCUACGCAUUACUUCCUGUUUGAACAAGAAUAGGACCAGGGCUGGCAGCUGAGCUUACUUGGACUUCUUACACACUGUGAGGACAAAAGGAGAAACUGGGAGGGACAGGUGUGGGUUGGACAAGAAGAGUGGACAUACCUUUUUAUCUCCUCACGAAGAGCGGUGUUGUGCCCAUGGGUGUUCUUGUGGUUUGUGCAACACCAGUGCCUGAUGGGGCCGGCUCAAGUGCCUUUGGAGGAAACUUGGGUGGGGUAGCCCGCGCGGCCCGUUGUUCAGGGCGCUUGGUCUGGGUUAUGGUUGUGGCUACCUCACUGUCCUUGACUCCAAAAACCAGGCAGCCAUUGAGCAGGAGUUAUGGGUAUCACAGUGCGCUGUCCCCUCGUGCCGUCUUAGAACAAAGACAGCGCAAGGUUUGCCACCAGCGGUUAGAGGCACAGAAGUGGUGGCCCUGAUGUGACUGUGACAGAGCCCCUUCCUGCCCAGGCCCUGCAACUGUAUUCAAGUAGUGGAGUGGAGGUCUGUCUUCAGUCCCAAAGAACAUGAUCUUGGCUUCCUCCUUGGUAGGCAUCCCUACCAACAAGGUGGAGGAGGAGGGCUGCUGCAGAGGGAGGGCCCUAAUGUCUGUUUUAGUGUUGACCUCACUCUGUUCCAAACCCCCAUCUUGUCUGCCCUUGGAAAAGUGAUGAGGUGUGUCUGUCUGUCUGAUUUGUGGGUGCUUGUGUGUGUUUGCUUGGAAGGGAUGAAAAUUAUUGAGCCAAAUUUAUUCGGCCACCAACUUAGAGGACAGAAAGACCUUCAGGGUGCCUGCCUCCCGGAGGCUGCUGAGAACAAGGGAGCCGAGGGGUUUUGUUUCAGGAGGAUUUUUGGGUUGGUUUUUUGUUUGUUUGUUUUUUUGUUUGUUUUCGUUGUUGUUUUUAGAUUGAUUCAACAGUGUACUGCUUAGAGUGUUUCUAAGCCAGGGCUUAUGAACAUGUAUUUUCUAAAGAGAAAUAACUCCCUUCCUGCUAAAGAAAGGAUCCUUAAGGGAGGUUUUGGAUUUCAUUGAGCACUACCCCACCCUGGGGGGGCCGACUUCAGGUAUAAUCAUGGAGACUGACCUGAGCACACGCACAGCUGUAGCUGUGGGUAGGAAUCUGAGAUGGCAGCCUCCAAGAAGAAGUUCUUGCCUAGCAGAUGAGGGCCAGGCAGCAGCAGACUGUUGGCUGUGGCCUCUUCCAGUGUGUUGAGGGACAGUACAUCAUACCUCUUGGGUUGAAGUACUUCAGGGAAAAAGAAGGGAAGAUGUUGCAACCUUCAUCUUGACUCGGACAGCACCCGAGAGCCUUGGGCGAGGUGUCUGAGGAUGCUCACUGCCGUGUGUUCCAGCUCAUGCUGUCCCUACAUCCAACAUGCUCUGGAACCUGCACCUCAGUGCAUGAUGCACCGUGUGGCCCCUGGCGUCUCUGUGCACAUAAAGCAGGCCUUUGAUGUUAGAGGGUUCUGCCGGGCUGGGCUUUUUCUGUCACUCAACUCUGGGAAAGGAUAUAGUGAGAAAGAUAUCCUCCCAAAAUGCUUCUGGAAGUGGAAUCCCUCCCUGCUACUUGAAGAUGAUCUAUUUGUGGGGAGAAAUAGAAGAGUGACCCAUGCUUCUUCAUGUAUGAAUGUAUGUGCUGGGUUGGCGCAGGCCCUGCAGACCUCGGCUUCCUGCCUGAGUGGAGAGAACUUUGGGAUGUAUGUACAGAUGGCCCUACCGGAACCACACUGCCAAGGCCUGGGUGUGAGAAGCUCAGGCUGGCAGUGGUUGAGGACAGACAGGCUCUGGGGUGAAGAGUAAUAGGACACCCAAGGGCCCAGGAACCACAUCUCCACCCCAGGGAAGCCACAGACGGCUGCAAAGGCUCCUGGUGCUGAUGCUGCACCUCUGCCGGGGGGGUGGCCUGUUAGCACUGGACAGAUGCUCAGGUGUGUGCAGACGGGAGAUGAAGAGAGGGCAGGUGCUCAGAGAUCAAAAUGUGAAUGUGGGGUUGGGUAGGGGAGAGAUACCAGUCCCUGGGUGGGCUCCUGUGCCAGCCCACAUCCUGCCCUUGCUGGUGCCUACCCUUCCCAUUGGUCCCCAUCAGCCGCCUCUCAUCACUUAGCUACUGAUUGUGCUCCAUGGCUUGACCCGGGGGUUGGAUGAGUGGAGCUGCACCAGUCAACCCUCGCCCCAGGGUCCCCUGCCCCUGCUGCGGCCCUGGGCUUUUAUCUUCAAUUCCCCUCCUGCCGCGCUCCAUUUUUUUUUUUUUAAAUAUACUUAUUUUGCUAUGGGGGAGGGGACUAUCAAAUGAACAAGAUCACUUUUAAAUGGUAGUUUUUAUAAGAUGUUAUAAACUUGUAUCUUUUUACCAUUAAAGUGCAGUGUAUGUUCCUUCGUGAUAUAUUUAGGAUAUUUAAAUAAAAAGAAUGGCGCUUUUCUACAUUCCA